AUGCAGCCCAUGCUUCGUAUCCGGAGUCAGAGCGUCUGCUGUUUCCUCAGACUGCUUACAUUACUUGAGUGGCAUAAGGCGGUCAAGACCUGUGGUAUAUCGAGGGGCAAGGUGGAACAAUCAGGAGGGAACAACUUCCUCUCAUCCUCCAACACAGGCUCUGUUUUGCUGCAAACUGGCCUGCUGGACCCAAAGCCAGCUUUCUGCCAGCCUUGCUCUCCUGCAGGAGCGGAGCAGGCCACAGGUCAAAAGGUGAAGGUUAUACAAGCCGAUUUCACUAAAAAUUCAGUAUACGAGAACAUUGAAAAAAAUCUGCAAGGCUUGGAUAUUGGUGUUCUGGUUAACAAUGUUGGAAUGCUUCAUAAUCCUCUUCCAUGCCGUUUCCUUAAUGGACCAGACAUAGAUGAGAACCUAGUCCACUGCAACAUUAUUUCUGUUACAAAGAUGACAAAAAUUAUUUUGCAGCAAAUGGAACUAAGACAGAAAGGUCUUAUUCUGAAUCUGUCCUCUGCUCUGGGUACUUUCCCUUGUCCAUUAUACACAAUGUACUCAGCUUCUAAGACUUUUGUGAGGACUUUCUCAAAAGCACUACAAGCAGAGUAUAAGGCAAAGGGAAUUAUCAUACAGGUAGUGGCUCCUUAUGGUGUCUCAACUCCAAUGACAAUGUACCAAAAACCCGGUCUUGUUACUAAGACGGCGGAAGAGUUUGUUAGUGAAUCACUGGAUUAUGUCACCUUUGGAGAUGAGAUUUUUGGAUGUUUAGCCCAUGAAAUACUG